AUGGAUUCUGAUGUACCCCUAGAUUUAAUUUCCCUGGAGGGCUAUACCUGGGUUUUUAAGAAUAGGAAUAGAUCUGGUGGGGGUGUUGGUUUCUACAUACGAAAUACAAUUAACUUUUUGAUAAGACCCGACUUGGGUCAUCAUGAUAUUGAAGCUCUUACGAUAGAAAUUCAUAAAUAUAAAACCAAACCUUUUCUAGUUUCAACGUGGUACAGACCACCUAAUUCACCCAUUGACUUGCUAACAAAAUUCGAAAACAUUCUACGGCUUAUUGAUACGGAAGAGAAAGAGAGCAUUAUCCUGGGGGAUAUAAAUUGUGAUCUAUUACACAAAAAUCUAGAUCAUAUGACGAAAGAAUUCAAUUUCAUUACUAAUUUAUAUCAAUACAAACAAUUGAUAGACGAACCUACAAGGGAAACUAAGAAUUCG